CACAACAGCGAAGUGGAGCAGAGCGGAAGAGCCGGAUCUCACAGUCAGAAGAUGUUCUUCAGGUUCGGGGUCAUUCUGACUCCAGAGGCUCUGGACGUGGAGGUGUUAGCGGUGGGCUCGCGCGCAGAAAUGGGCCAAUGGGACACGAGCAGAGCGGUGCACAUGAAAGCGUCCCGGAAGGUGGUGUCUCUGCACGAGCCGUGCCUGUGGACCGCAGACGUGCGCCUGUCCGAGCCCUGGACAGACCCGCUCUGGUUCAAAUUUGUCAAACGAGUCAAUGGCUCUUACAUAUUUGAAGGCAAUGGUCCGAGUCACGACAGAUGCUGUGCUUAUGAUGAGAGGAAUGUGGUGGAUGGAGUGUACUGCCACCCCAUUGGUCACUGGAUAGAGGCGACUGGACACACAGAUGAGAUGAAGCACACCACUAACUUUUACUUUAGCGUGGCAGGGCAAAAAGCCAUGCAUUUCUCCAGAAUACUGCCUCGGGUCUGGUUAGGAAGCUGCCCUCGACAAGUGGAGCAUGUGACCAUCAAGAUGAAGCAUGAGCUCGGCAUCACGGCAGUGAUGAACUUCCAGACAGAGAGUGAUGUGCUGAACAACUCAUACGGGUGCAGGCGUCACCCUGAGGUGCCCAUGACACCAGAGACCAUGAUGCAGCUGUACAGAGACACUGGGCUGGCCUAUGUGUGGAUCCCCACGCCUGACAUGAGCACUGAGGGUCGAGUGCGGAUGCUUCCCCAGGCGGUGUUCUUGCUCCACGGCCUUCUUGAGAACGGGCACACAGUGUACGUUCACUGUAACGCCGGGGUGGGCCGCUCCACUGCAGCGGUAUGUGGAUUCCUCAUGUACAUGCUGGGCUGGAGCCUACGCAAAGUGCAGUACUAUGUGACAGCCAAAAGGGCGGCGGUCUACAUCGAUGAAGAAGCUCUGGUACAAGCUCAGUCAGACUUUGUUCACAAGUUUGGACAGCUACGAUCCUCAAUGUCUUAUUCUGAGACGUGACAUUUUGGUUUUACAUUUUAAUUACAAUUAUUAGUAAUGCACAUAUUUGGCCUUUCUGAAUCUGCUAUCCAGGAGACUUAUCCAGGAAAAGUCAUCUACAGUGUUUUGUGUGAAUGAUAAGAUGUUGACUUCUCUAAAACAUACCUGGAGUUGUCUUUUGUUUCAUUCACACAUGUUUGAGUAACCCUUUAUUAUUAGUCUGUCUACAUCUCCAAAGCUCAAAAUGCUCUGUUCCACCUUGUGAUGUCAUGUAGUGGUAGUUUUCAUGUGAACAACUACCUUUACCUUUUGUUUAGUAGAGACUGCUAAUUCCGAGAAUGGAAUUACACAAAUGAUUCUGGUGAAG